UACAGGCUACAGUAUAUAUUCUGUGGGUAUUUCUGGUUAGCUACAAAACAAUACCCCGUACAUGACACCAUGGCCUUUAAAGCAAUGCUCCUCCUGAUUGUUGCAGCUAUGUUGACUAGUGCUGUGCCACCAGCAAAGGGCAAGCCACGCCAUCGUUUGCCAUGUAUUACAGUGAAUAUCCAUAAACCUCCGGUGGGAGGACAACCAAAAACACCGCCGGGAUCACAGAGGCAACAACCACACGUACCACGAAAAUCACCGCCAGUAUCACAGCCGCAACAACCACACGUGCCACGAAAAUCACCGCCGGGGCCACAGUGGCAACAACCACCGGUGGUACAAGCACCGCCGAGACCAGAAGUGAGACCACAACCGCAACAACCAGCAGUGGAAGAAGAACCACAACAACCACCAGAGGAAGAACUACCACAACCGGAAAAACCAAUGGUUCCUGAAAAUGACCCCCCAUCGGAACCAGAACCAGGGGAGGGGGAUGAUGAGUUUCCCCCUGACGAAGAUGACGAAGAUGAGUUCCCAGAGCCAAUAAGUACUGACCCAACUCUGGCCCAGCCAGAUGAGGGACGUAGUCCACGUGGAUUUAGCAAUCACAUUAUGCGUACGGCUCCAGUGCCUCCGGUCACCCCAGCUAAUAACAGCGUCGAUGCCUAAUUGAUUUAUAAACUAGAUCGAGAGAAGCCAUUAAUAUAGGAUUGGGUUGUAUCAUAUGGUCAAUUAAUAAAUUAAUCCUUCUAAUAAUACAAUUAUUAAUGUCUACUAUUUACUUGAUGUCAUCGCCCAUAUAUG